GGAAGUCUGGAACCGUUAUGCAAAAAAAAAGGCCCUGCCCGGUGCUCGCCUCCUUCAGCGUCCAAUGCGGGCAGCCCCAUCCGACGACUACAACUCCCGGCUGCCGUCGCGCUGUCGCCGCCUCCCGCACCGCCAUGGCGUGGAGAGCGGCCCGGAGCCGCGUUAUGACCCCGCUGCUGCUGCGGCAACGCGGCAUCGCCUCCUGCAUCGACCCAUCUGUGGGUCUGACAGAGGAGCAGAAGGGAUUCCAAAAAGUGGCCCUUGAUUUUGCUGCCAACGAGAUGGCUCCUCAUAUGGCUGAGUGGGACGAAAAGGAAAUAUUCCCAGUGGAAACAAUGCGCAAGGCAGCCCAGCUGGGAUUUGGUGGCAUCUAUGUGAAGCCAGAUGUGGGUGGCUCCGGAUUGUCACGUCUCGAUACCUCCAUCAUCUUCGAAGCCUUAUCGACGGGAUGUACCAGCACCACUGCUUACAUCAGCAUCCACAACAUGUGUGCUUGGAUGAUCGACACCUUUGGCAAUGAGGAACAGAGGCACAGGUUCUGCCCAUCGCUCUGUAGCAUGGAAAAAUUUGCUUCUUACUGCCUUACUGAGCCAGGAAGUGGAAGUGAUGCGGCUUCCCUGCUGACCUCAGCUAAGAGGAAAGGGGACACCUAUGUCUUGAAUGGCUCCAAGGCUUUCAUCAGUGGAGGAGGUGACACGGAUGUAUACGUUGUUAUGUGUCGCACAGGAGGCCCAGGCCCUAAGGGCAUCUCCUGUGUGGUGCUGGAGAAGGGGACACCAGGUCUCAGCUUCGGCAAGAAAGAGAAGAAGGUGGGGUGGAACUCCCAGCCAACUCGAGCUGUGAUUUUUGAGGACUGUAUUGUUCCUGUUGGCAACCGGCUGGGAGCUGAAGGGCAGGGCUUCAACAUUGCCAUGAAGGGGCUGAAUGGAGGCAGGAUAAACAUUGCUUCUUGCUCAUUAGGAGCUGCUCACGCCUCCGUUCUCCUGGCUCAGGAACAUCUCACUGUCCGCAAACAGUUUGGGGAACCCCUAGCAAACAACCAGUACCUGCAGUUCAGGCUGGCAGAGAUGGCGACGCGCCUGGUGGCAGCGCGGCUCAUGGUGCGCAAUGCUGCACGGGCUCUGCAGGAUGGAAGGGAAGAUGCAGCCGUGCUGUGCUCCAUGGCCAAGCUGUUUGCAACCGAUGAGUGCUUUGCGAUCUGUAACCAGGCUCUGCAGAUGCACGGGGGCUAUGGCUACCUGAAGGAUUACGCAGUGCAGCAGUUUGUGCGAGACAUCAGAGUCCACCAGAUCCUGGAAGGUACCAAUGAGGUGAUGAGGAUGAUUGUGGCCAGGAACCUGUUACAGGGGUGAAGCUGGGAGCUCACCUAUAGCCAACAAUCUUAACAUGGGAGAGGAAAGCAGGAUCUGAGCCUGUGCAGCCUGAAGAUGUGAAUCACAGCUUCAAACGAGGCCUUUAUCCCCAAAUAAUGACUGUGGGCUGCCUGCCAUCCAUCCUUCGUGGAAGAAUAGGGACAUGGGAGCUCCAGGUUUGGAGUUAGAAUGGCUUGGACCCAUUCAUCUACCAAUUAAACCUUAAUUCAAAGGACCUGCUGGCUUUACAUACACUCCCAUCCUCCUGGAUGCUGCAGCCCUCGGAUCAAAGCAGCGGGAGCACAAACGUUGGCAAAUCCAAUUGGAAUCAGUAAAUCUAUGAUUGUCAAUGGA